AUGAGAAUUCUAUUAAUAUUUAUAGUCUCGCUAACAUGCUUAAUAGCAGAGAAAACGCCGUAUAGAUAUACUCAAUUAGAUAUUGGGUUUUUGGCAUGCGACAAGUACAUCACUAAUAAUCACCCACUUUGUGUACCACCUGAGGAAUGGGGUGCACGUAACUAUGAAUGUUACUGCAAAAGUGAUGCUGCGUUUGCAACUAUGAUGGACUGUUUGGUUCAAGGAUACAAUAAUAAAACCAAGAUUAUUACAGAAUUUGCCGAUGCAUGUAAUAUGUCAAUCGAUGCUGCUUAUGCCAGAUACAGGGCGGAGAUCACGCACAAUGCGACUUCCUUAAGUGGUAGUGGUGGUGGUAGUGAUGGUAAUGAUGAUGGUUAUCAUAAGUUCUUGACUAAGAGAUGGGGUGAGAUUACUGCAGAGGAUUUGUCAUCAAAUCCGGUGUUGUUGAAUUAUGAUAAUGGAACCUUUCAAGUUUACAAGGACUCUUAUGAGAUGAAUUUCAAAAAUACAGAUCGUUCUAUUAAAUAUGGAGCUAUCUUAUUGACAUAUUGGGGUAUAAUUUUCUUAAUUGCUGCUCUAUCUAAUCUUUUUUCAAAAGUAACCCAAUCCCGAGGACGCAAUAGUAAUAGAUGCAGUUGGCGUCCCUUGGUCAAUUUAUACAAAAAACAUCUUGGGAUGUCUUCAACUUUCAAAAGUCGAAAUCUACGCUCGUUCAAUUUCAAAUUUGGAAGAUAUCAUGUUCCUGGUGGUUUCAUUCCCACAAGAGUGGAAACAAUUGUUUUGAUUGUCUUUUUAGCUAUACUUAUCGUGGUAACAGCCGUGCACAUUCACCACAUUGAUGGAAAUCCAUUGAAUGCAAGCACCAAAUCGGAACUAAGUGCGUUACUUGGAGUUCGAACUAUUAUACUUACAGGUUAUUUGGUUCCGUUACUUGUGUUAUUCACAGGACGAAACAAUAUUCUACAAUGGUUGACGGGGUUGAAGUUUUCGACUUUCCUCUUGUAUCAUCGUUGGAUUGCAAGAAUUGUUGUUAUUUUGAUAUUUAUUCAUGCUAUUGCGUUUACAAUUGUGUUUAAAGAAGCAGGGAUAUACAAAGACAGAAUGGCUACAACACGAAUUACAUGGGGUAUUGCUGCUUUAGUAUGUGGAGGAUUCAUUUUGUUUUUCGCCAUACUUUUCUUCAGGAGAAACUGGUACCAAACAUUUUACGUUUUCCAUUUGUUAUUGGCGACUUUUUUCAUUAUUGGUGCUUAUAGACAUGCAUUCCCUGUUGGUUAUGGUGGUUACUAUUGGGCAGCAAUUGCCGUGUGGGCUUUUGAAAGAGUAUUGAGAAUAGUCAGAUUAGCACUAUUUGGCAUAAAAACUGGUCAUUUGAUGUUGAUGCCUGAUGAAAUAUUGGUACUUUCAGUCCAAAAACCCAAAUUGUGGAAAGCAAAUGCGGGAGGCUACGCCUUUGUACAUUUUUUGCAGUGGCCGUACUUUUGGCAAGCACACCCCUUUGACCACAAUUAUAUAUGCGAUACCAAUGAAUUGAAAUUCUAUAUUAAGGUUAAAAACGGUAUUACUCGUCAGUUGUAUAACAAAUUGGUAAAAUGUCCAUCAAAGGCUGCAGAUAUCAAAAUCAUGUGUGAAGGAAGUUAUGGUGGUUCAAGCGCCGGGUACAGAUGUGGCAAUAUGACUUAUGUUGCAAGUAGCACAGGAAUCCCUGCUCUUUAUUCCGAAAUUAUAGACGUGGACAAGUGGGCGCCACAAAACAAGACAAUUAAACUCAAGUGGAUUAUAAGACACUUUAAAUCUUUGGCAUGGUUCAAGAAGGAGUUGAAACAGCUAGAGGGUACCAGAGUUGAAGCGAGUGUAUAUGUUACAAAUGCAAAUGAUAAUCUUUGUGAAUUGGAAGAUUCGUUUGAAACAACUAAGCGUGAGUCUGAUUCCAAUUCUGAAAAGGAAAGUUUCAAUCACCAUCACCAUUACAGUGCAACUUGCAACAACAUUAUUGAGGAGUAUAAAUGUGAGUUACCGCAAGUUGACAUUGUGAUUGGCAAACCAAGCAUGCAAGCAAUAGUUGAAUACGAAGCCAAGUUUGCAGAUUCAUCUAUAGCAUUUAUUGGAUGUGGUAAUCCAGAAAUGGUUGACGAAUUACGAUUAGCUGUGCGAAACAGUUUGUCAUUGACAAAAUACCGAAUGGACUAUUUCGGGCAAGUUGAAAAGUGGUCCUAG